GAACACUCAGUGUUGCACAAACAGCUGGUGGGCGCUGCACUUUGGGCGUUUUCCAGCACCACGCGGCAACUACCAUCGAGUUCAUUUUCUUGCCUGGAAAAAUGAUGGAGCUGCACUCGAACGACGUUGACCUGGAGGACGGCGAGCUGUCGGAUAGCGACGACGAUGGCGUUUACACGCCGUUGCAACGACCUGCGGGUGCAGAGAAGGUGGCUAGUCCCCUCACCACCUGCCACCAGAUUCAGACAGCGUUGGAAGACGAGUCACAGAGUAACAGCGACUCCUCGUCGGCAGAGUCCUCCGAGGACGGGUGCAUCAAAAAAUUACGCACGGAUUCCAGCGAACACGGAAGCCACAAGAAGAGGAAAAAGCGCAUCCGACGCACAGUGAUGCGACGCAUUCCACCCACGGAUGCCGAGAUGCAGCCCAAUCGUGCCCGCUUCAAAAAGUACAACGUGUGGGCCUCCGCUCUGCAAGAGGACGCCCUCAGCGAGAAUAUGCGUGGCUGCGACGUUACUCGAAGUGGUCGGGAUCGGAACGUAGAGAACUACGACUUUUCACUGCGGUACCGACUCAACGGGGAAAAUAGCCUGAAGCGUCGGCUCUCUAACUCCUCUGAAGAGGGCGGCGACUCCUCACAUCCGGCCCACAAACGGGGAAGACCUUCUAGUCGACCUACGGACGAAUAUCCACAGCGCGGGGCGGUCAAAAGCCGGCUGGGUCACCGUUCGCGACGGGGAACAUCCUCGGCCAGCGGUUCCUCCGACUCCUGCGAGCCCAGGCACAUUUUGGACCUCAACGAAGUUGCCGGACGAGACCCUUCUGAUGUGGCCACCGAAAUGGCUAGCAAACUAUAUGAGGAGAAGGACGAAUUACUAGUUCGAGUGGUGGAAGUCCUUGGCAUGGAUUUGCCCCUGGAGCUAUAUAAAGAAACUCAGCGCAUUGAAGCCGAUGGCGGCAUGAUGAUCAAAAACGGCAAUCGAAGACGUACACCGGGCGGUGUAUUUUUGUUCCUGCUAAAGCAUCACGACAAAAUUACCCAGGAGCAGCAAAAGUCCAUAUUCAGCGAGGAUCGACAGAAUCUAAACAAGUCGCGCAAGCAGAUCGAGACGCUGAUGCGGGACCGCAAGGUGGAGGAGUUGAAAAAGUGUCUCAGCAAGCAGGUCACGGAAUUGCCUACGUUGAUCCAGCGUAAGGAGCUCUACAUGCAGAGCGACGAGCUGAGGGCGGAGAGUCAGCCUGCCAAUUUGUCGAACCCGCCACCUUCGCCCGUUGGCGCUGGGCAAGAACAAGAUAGUCCGGAGUACAAGACACAUGAGAUCAACAUAAACCUGGUGGAUAACGCCGAACUGCCCUCCACAUCCAAAGCAGCAGCAGCGGCUCAAGGAACCCCACUGAAGGAAUUAAUAAGUUACGACGACGACUUUUUGGACGUCAAUUGCGGGGAUAUGGACUUCUUCUAGGCCCACGCCAAGCGACGGGCCCCUUUUAUACCACUCUUGCAUAGAUAGACCCAUAUUUGUACAAUUAAAUAAAUGCCUAGCGAAUUAGGACUAUGAAAAGUAA